UUUUGUGAAUAGCUAGCUAGCUAAUUAUGGCAUCAAAGCGCUCUAGCUCUAGCAGUGGACACUCUCAGAAUUCUAAGCAGCCUAAAAGACAAGUGUCUGUUGGAACUUUUAAGAAGUGGCAGCUCCAACAAGAGAAAGAGCACAGCACUCUAUCGUGGCUGCGUUGUACAGAGCAAGACAAGUUUGUAGAUACUUUGUGGUGUGAAACUUGUAGAACAUUCGAAGACAAGAUAUGUGGGACAAAAAACUUCUCUGCUGUCUGGAUUAAAGGAUCAACAAACCAAAAGCUAAGCAAUGUCCUUGAUCAUGCCAAGAGUGAUCAACACAAGCGGUCCAUGUCUGUUAUGCGUAUCCAGCAUGCAAAAGCAACAAAGGCACUACUCAUCGAGUAUGCUCCAAUUGCUCGAAGCUUACUGUCUGGGCCAAUGGACCAAGCAACGAAAGAGAAAAUGGGCAGAAAAUUUGACAUAUGUUAUAUGCUUGCUAAGGAAAACCUAGCUUUCCGUAAAUAUUCACCCAUUCAUCAGUUGGAGAGACGUCAUGGUGUAGAAUUGGGGGAAUCGUAUAUGACCAAGGACUCAGCUCGAUCGUUUACUAAGUACAUAGCAAUGACCCAGCGCAAUGAAUUUGUAAACACUAUCCAGUCGAAUCUCCACUUCUUUAGUUUUCUUAUGGAUGGCACUACUGAUGCUGGCAAUGUAGAAGAUGAACUAAUUGGUAUAAUGGGCUUUUGUAAAAAUAAAGCUGAAGUAGGGUCAUUUGUUAGAUUCUUCAGUAUCCAGGUCCCUACAAAAGUCAAUGCAGAUGGGCUAAUUGUGUGUGUUAAGCAAGCUCUAGAACCGUUUGGAAUUGAUAGUGUGCUCGAGAAGGCUGACGUGUUGGCGAGCAGGCCAAUACUAAUUGGUAGUUGCACUGAUGGAGCAUCAGUAAAUAUUGGUCAACGCAACGGUAUGCGAGGAAAAAUGCAACGAGCACUCCCGUGGAUUUUUUGGGGGUGGUGUUAUGCUCACAGGCUGGAGCUGGCUUGUAAAGACUCGUUCACCAGCGGUCUAUUUCAGGGUAUUAGUGACAUGCUACUCCGUCUAUACUACCUAUACUCCAAGUCUCCAAAGAAACUGAGAGAGCUGGCAGAAGUAGUCAGUGACCUGAGAGGAGUGUUUGAAUUCCCAAAGAGUGGUGAUACCCCAAUUCGCUCUGAGGGUAGUCGAUGGAUUUCGCACAACGCCAGGCAUUGCAGAGGAUUGUUGAUCGCUAUGGUGCGUACAUGGCUCACCUUGAAUCUCUAG